AUGAACAUUGGUCUACGUGCCUUCUUGUUGAUUGCUCAUGGACUUCAGCAGAAAGAUGGGGAGCCACCAAUGCCACAGAAUCAAUCCGUGGGGGUUUGUGGAGUGUAUCCCACUGUGCAUCUCCAAAGAGGUUUUUUACCUGCUUGUUCAACAGGCGUUGUUCGAAGAUCUUUCCACGGAACCACACUGGAUGAUACUUUAUGUGAACGUCUCGGAAUUCGUCCUUAUCUUGUCCCAGUACGAAAGGCAUUCGAGGCCAUCUUGAGACUUCUUGAGCCCCAAAUCAUCCGUUCGAUGAUGCCCCCAAAACAGGGUGCUGCUAUUAAAGAUGGGGAUGAUUCUGCACCGUUAGUUCAUUUUCUUUUUGGUUUUAAUCUUAUCGUGACGUUUUGUGUUAAAAUAACCUUGCAUUGCCAUUGGUGCAAUCUAUCUCUAUAUGGGGUACCCACUUUUACUCAAAUCCUGUUGUAA